AUGUUGGGAGGGUUUAGGAAAUAUUCAGCUCCUUCAUUUGAUAACAACAACAAUAAUAAUAAUAAUAAUAAUAACAAUAAUGAUAAUAUCUUGAACAACAAUCAACAACAGAAUAACAUUAACAAAGGACCUAUAAGGAAUGUUCUAUCACCAUCACAGGGUAAACCACCUAUAUUACCUGAUCAAUCUCAUUAUCAAUUUAAAAUCUAUAGACCUUGGUAUCCCGACCAAUCAUUCAAUGAUACAAUCGGUAGUAUAUCAACAACCUCAACAACAUCAACAACAUCAACAACAACAACAGAUCCAUUUAGUGACUUGGGUGAUAAUUUGUCAAGAAAAUUGUAUAAUAUGGAUGUUCAUAACUUUGGUUUACCAAACUAUCAGCUACCAAACAACAGACAAAAGAUGGAGGAACAAGAAGAUCUUCCAAACCUUGAUAAAAUGGAACUUGGUUUCUUGAAAACAAUGUUUCCAGAGAUUGAUGAUGAGACACUAGAGUUUAUGCUUCACGAGUGUAAUGGUGAUUUACAAAAGAUUGUAGAUACUUUGUUAGAGCCAUUAAACUUUGUUGAAGCUGAACAACAAACAGACGGUGGUGAUGAUUUCAACAUUAAAAUGAUGGAUCACAUUGAUAUUCAAGAUAAUUUUGAAAAGUAUCCAUAUACUACAGCAACAACUACAUCAACAACGACAACAACAAAUACAAAUAAGAAACCAAAGAAACCAAAUCAUAAUAAUAAUAAUAAUAAUAAUAAUAAUAAUAAUAAUAAUAAUAAUAAUAAUAAUAAUAAUGCCAAACUACAAGUUAAACCUCCUCCUGUUCACAAACCACAACCACAACAACCUCCAAAACAACAACAAAAACAACCACAACAACAACAACAAGUCAACAAACAAAAACAACCAUCAACUACUACAAGUCCUAUAUUGGCAAUUCCAACGACCCCAGAAAAACCAAUAAGUAACAAACAAAAACAAAGUAUAGCUCAACAAAAUGAAAGUUAUAGAGAAUUGUUAUCUACUUUACAGGAUAUGUUUGGUCAUAUUUCAAGACCAAAUUUGGCAAUGGUAUUGGAUCAAAAUAACUUUGACUUGGAGAAAUCGAUUGAACAACUUUUGUCGUUUGAUGAAGAAUCAUACAAAGAACAAAUCCAUCUCCAACAACCAGCAAUCAUCAAUGAAAGUAGUCUCGAUGAUGUCAUCAAAGAACAAGAAAAGGAAGCACGAGAAAACCCAUCCCCAGUGUACAAAUAUGUUUCAACCAAAUCGGCCCCCAUUCCAGUUUCCGUUUCUUUUGCUUCACUCGAAAAUAAUGAGCACAACUUUGAUGAAUUGAAUGCUGCCAUUAUCAUUGACAAAAAAUACAAGAAGCCAGAUCAAGUAAAAUUAAACAAACUUUAUGCAAGAUUCAACUCUAUGACCUCCAAGGAAAUUAUCGAAGAUGUUUACGAGCAAUCGGGAAGAAAUCUUCAAGGUACUUGGAAAAUAUUAACAGAAAUGUUCCCAGUGGACACUAGAUCAUUGGCUAGUAAGAUUAGAAAUAAUAAGCAACAACAACAAGAACAAGAACAAGAACAAAAACAACAACAACAACAACAAAAGUCACAAACCUCUGCAGAAAUAUUAAAACAGACUCAUUCACCAGGCGAUUCUUCGCCAGCAUUUGACGAUCCAGAAAGAUUAAAUAUCCUUCCAUCUUCGCCAAAUAAUGUAGCCAUUUUUGAUAUUCAAAAAGAUUUGGAUCGUAAACAAAUUACUGUUGGUUCUGAUAACAAAAAGAAAACUCCUAAAAUCAAAUCUCAUGAACUUAAUUCCAAGGAUUAUGGUGAAUAUAGAAGAGAAGCAAAUAAAUAUGCAAUGUUGAGAAAUACCUAUUUCCAACAAGCAUCCCAAGCAUAUAUGAAAGGAAAUAGUGCAGAAGCCAGAAAUCUUGCAGCUCAAGGACAAUACUAUGCAAAAUUACUCAAAGAAUCCAAUGAAAAUGCAGCCAAUCAAAUUUUCUUGUCUAGUAAUUCUAGAAUUAACGAUACAUUGAAGCUAGAUUUACAUGGUCUUCAUGUUAAAGAAGCACUGGAAAUGGUCAGUGAGGUAUUGGAUAUCCAUACAAGAGGUCAAUAUCAAGGUGACACUGGAUCUGGACCAAAGAAAAUCGAGCUCAUCACUGGUAUUGGAAAUCAUAGUCAUGGUGGUGUAGCUAAAAUCAAACCAGCUCUUGUUUCAUUUUUAAGAGAAUGUAGGUUGCCAUUUGAUGAUUGUGGCGGCCUAUUGACCGUUUAUAUCAAUCAAUAA